AUGUCCAAGACCAUGGUACCGGCGAUGUUCGCCACCACGAUCCCCUUCCUCAUAUUAUCUAUUGUCUUUAUAUGCCUGAGGUUUUACUCCAAGCGCCUCAAACACGCAAAAUUCUUCAUAGACGACUAUGUGUUGAUCGUUUCUUGGGUGCUUGUGGUUAUUCAAACCUCCAUAAUACUUUGGUCAACGCAAUAUGGGCUGGGAAUUCCUCCUGCUAAGCUCGACAUAAAAAAGGUUCCAACCUUGAUCUCGUGGACGCCGACCGCACUGUUCGUGGCUCUAAGCGCAGCAGCCCUUUCAAAACUGUCCUUUUUCAUCACCUUGAUCCGAGUCUGUUCGAAGCGAUGGCAGAAAGUCAUUCUUUGGGUGGUGGCGAUUCACUCCACUAUCUUGGUGAUGGGCACAUCCGUCCUGGGAUAUGUCGAUUGCAAUUUCUAUCGGGCAAAGGACCCCCAGCAUAAUCACAACUGCGUCCCCGAGAGGGUCGGUAAGAUCUUGGCUCUCACCGUCUUAAUCCACGGGGCUGUCGUUGCAUUCUGUUUAUCCUUCGUACCCGCCUUGUUGCUCUGGAACUUGGAAAUGAAGAAGCGUGAAAAGAUCGGUCUCAUCAGUGCUAUGAGCCUGGGACUUUUUUCCAGUAUCCUAGCAGCGCUGAAGACAAAGGACCAUUGGGAGGCUGUUUUUGGGCAUUCUGGAAUGCCUGAUACGUAUAUCCUAGGACGCGAGGCGCUGUUUGGGAUCACGGAGGUAUGCAUGACAAUCAUAGCCGCCUGUAUUCCUUUCUUGCGUCCGUUACUGCACAAGAUCAUGUACGGUAACAGGUCCGAUAUGCCCUUGGCGCUGAAGACCUUGGCUGGAGAUAGUAAAGGUACCUCUAGCAUGGGGCACCCGCACACUCGGCUCGGAAGCUCAAGCAACUCUGCGAAACAUGGCACUCGGGAGGACGACGCUGUUGCAAUCCUCGAGGCUGAAAGUGUUCCAGAACAUGACAGCCAGGACGCAGAGUCGAACGGGUCAGGAACCAUUGUGCGAAAGACUCACGUGAGCAUACAAUAUAAUCCCAGAGAGGUACACGAGGAGGAAUGUCGAGGUCAUUAUCACGCUGGUGUAUUUGGGCCAGGUGAACACUGA